UUUGCCUUUAUCUAACCUUUAGUUCGUAUCGCGCUUUUCGACAACGCUAACCAUGAUUGGUUCGGUACAACGUUUGCAGCAAAUCGUACCAUGUAUAAUUUGUACUGGACUUUUUAUCUUUAUUUCGAUGAGAACUUGCAAUGGAAUGCCAGUGGAUAUUUCUAUGGAACGACUUAGUGAAGGUUUCUUACCACCGGAAUCGUCUGAGGCAGCGGAGGCUUUUGAUCCCUUGGACAUCAAUGAUGGACAGACUUUGGAGGCCAAACUUCGAAUCAUGGAGCUCCUUUCAGAGCUGGAAAAAGAAAUGGAGGAGAAGUUCGACAGAAAGGGCAAUGAUACGAAUGUCAAUGCAACAGCCACGCCCUUGAAAACGGCUCCCUACAUCUUUGAGGGCGAUAUUAUCUUACAACCGAAACAAGCUUUGGAAAUUGUAGAGAUGGGAAAACGUCGACAAAAGCGGAAGUUACACGCUAACACGGUCCACCUCUGGAAACUCCCUAUCUGGUUCACGUACCAUCCCGAGGAGUACGAUCUAAUGGAAGAGGACAGUAUUUUAGAAUCAAUCAGCAUCUUGGAGAAACUAACAUGCAUCCAAUUUAAAAAGAUCGACUAUCACCUGCUUCUCAACAAAACCUACCAGCUGGAGAACCACAACAACGUCACGAUUAACUUCACCAAAGACAUGGGUUGUUGGUCCUACAUUGGAAGACGAGAGGCACACAAUGGCGUACAGGCUUUAUCAGCCGCCCCUAGUUGUAUGGUUAGCGAAGGUUCCUUGAUGCAUGAACUAGGUCACGUGAUCGGCUUCUGGCACGAACACUCCCGACCCGACAGAGAUAGCCAUAUUAACGUGGAAAAUAAUGCUAUAGAGGAGGGACGGUUAUACAACUUUUAUAAAAGCAGUUGGCAGUAUGUUGACACGAAGAACGUCAGUUACGAUGUCAGUUCCAUCAUGCAUUAUUCUGCCACGGCAUUUGCGGCUGUUCAGGGUGGUGGAACUUUCGUCCAACCCACGCUCAUUGCCAGAGACGUUCGUCUGCAACGCGCCUUGGGACAGCGACAGGAGUUUUCUUUUUAUGACGCAAAACUUGCAAAUUUGGCUUAUUGCCAUGGAAUUUGUGACCCCAGCCUCCUGGUACAACCUUGUCUUCAUGAUGGUUACCAGGAUCCCAAAAACUGCUCCAGAUGUCGCUGUUCUGAUGGACUAGGGGGAGAUUACUGCGAAAGAGUUCAAAGUCAUCCCCAGAGUACAGACAGUAGUGGAGAAAUCUUCGUUUCUGACAAACCUGUUAAGAUCUCGGCGUAUGCUCACAGUGAUUACAGGAAAGGGACGAAACUUACAUGGCUUUUUAAGACUGAACCAAACAGAAACAUUAAACUGACCUUUAGAGGAGAUUUCAUGAUGUAUUAUAACUGCACAGAUGACCCCAAUGUAAAGUGCCGGGAUUUCGUGGAAGUCCGAUACUAUCAUAAUCUGGCCAAUCCCGGGGCAAGAUUUUGUUGUUUCAAUAAGAAUGAUGAAACCCCGCCCCUUUUGUCUGAAGGGAAUCAGAUGUUGGUAUUGAUGCGUGCUUUCGGAGAUGGUAAAAGAGGCUUUGAAGCCGAUGUAGUUUCAGAAUUCUGCGGUGGGUACGGGCCUAACAGUAGAAGGGAUCAGACCUAUAUGCCAUGUUCCCGCCUUGUGGAGGAGACCUGUGAACAAGUCUGGGAAGAGAAGGAAGAAAUUGCGUGCAAGACGUGGUACACAUGGGCUCCAGACUGCAAAACAGACGCGAUGGUAAAAAAAUCACGGCCUGCUCUCUGCCCCAGAUCCGAGUAUUACUGUGCAGAUGGAUUUUACUUUGACGGACAACUCUGUGUUGGAGUAAGUAGCACCUUCACAUCACCCCCUUCUCACCCAGUACAAACGGUCACUGCUUUCACCAACCAACAAUCUUCAACCAGCAACAUUCUUAACGACGCCGUUGGGUGGUCAUCGUGGUCUGCAUGGAGUGCUUGCAGCGCCACCUGUGGUGGAUGUGGAGUACAAAGAAGAGAGAGAACAUGUGAAGAUCCCCAGCUCUGCGGGGGAAAGACUUAUGAGUCAGAAACAAAGCAUUGUGGACUAGACCCUUGUGAUAAAGAAACCGUGUCUAACAAAUGUACCCGGAAAGUGGAAAAGAAACAACUGUGUAGUCCUUUGUCCAUGGACAUCUGUACAACGACGUAUACAGAAACAUACGACUGUUUUGGUACCUGUUGUACAGAUUAUAAAAUUGAGGAGGAUAGAUGCGUCCCGAUCAACAAAAGAUAGGAUUUGGUGAUGUGAACUACAUUACACAAAACGUGAAGCAGGCGGGUUCCUUGCUCAAGCGACCGAAAAGGGUCCAAAUCUGUGAUAUUAUUAGUAUUUCGCCUAGAUUGUCUAGUCAGUUAGAAUGCAGACAUCAUUUCGUCAUCGUCCCGUUUAGAACGUCACAGCUGGUUCAGGACUACGGUGCAUGCGCAGAUAAAGGGUAUAUUAUCUGUCCACUCCCCCGGGUAUACUGCACAUGCUCAGAAGAUUAUGGUGAACAUACUGAGAGGUCAUUAUUAGCAUUUUGAUCAUUAGAAUUCCAUAAAAAGUUAUGUGUUUGUUAAAGUUUGUAAAUAGUGAUAUGUUGAUUUUCGUUGUGCGAUUAAUAUUCUCUUCCUCAGUUUUAUCAUAGGAAAAAGUUUUAAAAUGCUGCAUAUAAAUUUUCUUGUAGAUAACUGUAAACAACAUUCUUUCCUGUGUAUUUCAAUAUAUAUUUAUAUAUCAGUAUAUGAAAUUGUAUACUUCCAAUCGUUGGUAAAACCAAGUCUUCCCCUUUAUCAGCAUUACCUUCAUGAUGUCAUGUCACAGUUUUUUAAUUUAUUUUUUCCAUCACAUUCAUUCACUUAAAACACUAUGUUUACGUCUGUGAUCUGCCUCAUAGUUACCUGUUGCACAUUUACUUGACUUUUAAUCUUCCCCCAUUUGAAUCAAUAUCAUUUCUGUAUUUCUCGGUAAACAGUUUUUAUGUUGACUUCUGAAUGUUUUUGUUGUUGAAUCAGAUAGGCAUGUUUAUGUCCUAUCGUCGUUCCAAAAUAAAGAUAUCAGAAUCGCUAUGUAGUAACUGGGUAUUUGUUCAUUCUAUUGAUUGAUAAAUUAAAACUUUGCAAUGAUAAAAUGAAAUACAUGAAUGAAUAAUUGUUUACUUUAAUGUGUUCUUCGUCAUCAAAUGUCAUUGUAAUUAAGCUGUUGAUCGUUUGUCUAAUUUAGCAUGUAAAUACUUAAUAUUUAUUUUGUUAUUUGUUUGUAUUUUUUCUAAUAAAUCCGU